GUUGAAGCCGUUGCUUCCGAAGGAGUUUUUAGAGGCUUUGGAUGUCACUGCCCUUGUUUCUUCAAGUGACGAAGAUGAGCUCAACAUGGCUGGAGAGGAAGUUGGAGGAUCGGGACAACAGCUACAAGAACAGUCUGCAUCGUCGACAUUCGUAAGCGGAAAUAAGAAAUCCUUAGAAGUCCAAACAGUAGAUUCUGCUACCAGCUCAAGCAAGAGAAAACCUCUACUCAACCCCACAAAGUUGAUAAACAAGGAUGUUUUUCCCUAUUCUCUCCUGUUCGAAACGGUUCCAGCAGUCUAUCACUUCCGCGAAAAACCUUCGGAUACGCUCUACGCGUUGGAAGCGCUGGCGUUUUACUUCGCUUUGCGUGCUGUCGCACUGAAAGUGAAGCCUUGUUGGGCAGCCUUGAAAAAGAACUUGUUUCGACAGGAAGGGAAUUAUGGCAGUUGAAUAACGCAAUCGUCGGUAACUCAAUUUCCAGCUGCAAUAGACCAAACAUGAUUUUUCAUGAAAGUAGAUGCAAGUCGUGGAGUCAUGAACCUGAAACUACAGGUUCGCGGUUGUAACUGAAAAAUUUCGUUUUAUCCACUUUUCCUCAUCUAACGCCCACUACGUUGGUCCGAUUUCCGCCGAGUCCUCGACAUGACACUUGCCGAGGCUGGAGAAAAGCCACUGCCUGAAUGCUAUUGGUCAUUGCUUCGUGUGCAUCCCACUUGGUGGUCUAUUCCUGGGCAAUAUCCAAUGCCCCCGAACGCACCAGAACCUAUUUUUGAAGUCGUUGCGUUUGUCAGUGACAUGCAGACGUUUCCGGAGAUCAUGGCUACAGUCCUGAUGAACAACACCAGUGUGGCUGCUGCAGUAGAUGAAAAUGCUGUGGAACAAGAAAAAGGUGGUAAGCAACAGCAUGUGACAUUUAGCAGCUCAGCGGAUAAUGAUACUUCUCGCAGGGGUACCGGAGUUGUGCUACAAGACUUUUCGACGU